AUGGCACCAAACAGUGUCAGGGACAGUCGUCUUUCUCCAGCUUCGGCGCUUCUCAUUGACAGUCAACAAUUCGCUUCUCGCAGAGUACAGACGACCACCAACAAACCCGCCUUCUCAAACACGCUCAACGCACUGUGGGAGACUUCGGCCGCCAUCCGACCGAUGUUUAUCCAAGGGUCUCGAUGUACCCUCACCGUACGGAGUAACUGCGCAUCCGAUCCACGGCCAGACAGAUACCAUGCUGGCCUUGCCUCAUCUUGGCUCGCCUGGCCAUGCCGCGCACUUAUCGUCUUCCACUUCCUCAGUCCUUUGCACUCUCGAACCUAUUGGUCUUCCAAAGUCCCUUCGUGCCCUCUCUCUCUUAACCCAUCAGAGCAGAGUUGA